AAAUCCAAUAACUUAAGAGAAUCAAAGCUGAUUUGUUUCGUUCAGAAUCCCCUCCCUUUUCUUUUGAAGCUGUUGUUGCAAUGGCGACAAUGGCGGCUGCUGCUGCUUCAGCAUUCUGCUGUAUUCGGUCUUCCAAUGGAAAUGGCCACUGGGUAACGAGGGUUCUCCGGUGUUUCAGAUGUAAAUCUCUUUCUUUCAUAUUUUAUUUUGUUAGGCUUCUGGAUACGUUCCAACGAGGCCCUGGGUUCUUCGAGUUCAUAGCAUUGCGGAGCCGAAUCUGCGAAUGUGCUCUGAGACAAGGAGCAACUUUUGCAUUUGUGCUGCUGCUGCUGAUUCCAGCCAGGCAUCACAAUCGAGCAGCGGCGAAGAGAUUGAUCGAUUGAUAGAUAAGCUGCGGAGCACAGACUCC